AUGGGUGGUGAAAUAGAAUCAUCAACAAAAGGGAAAAGUAUAGAGUAUGACAUGCAAAAGAAGAAUCCAGUAUAUCAUCUAGGGUCGAGUGAUGGUCCGGGAAUUAUCAUCACACUGAUUGUUCUAAAGGGCACCAACUAUGAUGAAUGGGAUAGAGCCAUAAGAAGAUCUUUGAUUUCCAAGAGGAAGUUCGGUUUUGUUGAUGAGACUAUCACAGAACCUGAAGAUUGCGACCAAUUGGAAGAAUGGAUUGCGGUCCAGUCAAUGCUUGUUUCCUGGAUCAGCAACACGUUAGAGCCAUCAAUCAGAUCGAGUUUGGGAGACUAUGAUAAUGCAAACUUGCUGUGGACACACUUGAAGAGAAGAUUCUGUGUUGUAAGCGGAACAAGGAUCUGUCAGCUUCAAGCGUCUUUGAGUGAGUGCAAACAAAAGAAUAAAGAAGGUGUAGCUGUUUAUUUUGGGAGAUUAAAUAAGAUAUGGGAUGAGUUGGUGACAUAUAUGAAGGUACCUCAGUGCAAGUGUGGUAAGUGCGCUUGUAAUAUCGCAAGUCAGGUCAGUACGUUGAGAGAAGAGGACUUCCUGCAUUAUUUUUUGAUUGGAUUAGAUUCUCUGUAUAUCUCACUGCGUGAGCAGCUGUUGGCGAGAGAUCCAUUACCAUCAAUAGAUGUAUCCUACCAGACAAUGGUGAAUUCAGAGCGUCUGAGAAUAGGAGAUGUAGCUAUGUCAACAGAGGUACAAGAUAAUGUGAUGACAUUCAGGGUGCAGUCUGAUCAGCGUCAAAUCAACAAUACAUAUGAUCCUACCAAGUAUUGCAAGCACUGUAGCAGAGAAGGACACUCAGAUGAAGGGUGUUUUCAGCUUAUUGGAUACUCUGAAUGGUGGGGAGACAGAUCUAGAGGCGGAAGAGGAUAUGGUAGAGGAGGCAGAGCAGGUGGUAGAGGGCGUGCUGGCUUUACCAAUAGCAGAGGAGGUAGAGGACAGGGAACUGUCAACCAGGUUCGUGCACACAACCUGAAUAUAUCAGAGACAAAACAGUCAGGUGGUGCGUGCUCAUCAGAUGGCUCAGGUUUGACAGGAGUAACAACAACACAGCUUCAACAGGUGCUUGAGUUUUUAAAUACAAGAAAGUCCACGUCUCAGCUCCAAGGUAAGAAGAAGAAAACAGUUUGGAUUGUAGACACGGGGGAUACAAAUCAUGUCACGUGUAAAAGAGAUGACAUGAUAGAUGUGAAAGAUAUUAGGGCAUGUACUGUUGGACUCCCAGAUGGGAAAUAUGCUUAUUCUGAGAAAAUAGGAACCGUUAUUCUUCCUGGUGGUUUGAGACUAGAUAAUGUGCUUUAUGUGCCUCAGAUAACCUGUAACUUGAUUUCAGUCACACAACUUAUUCAUGAGUUGUGGAAAUUCAUACGAGCUGUGGCAUCGACGAAUGGGACAUCCAUCAGAGAAAGUGUUACAAAGGUUGCCAGGACUAAUGGGAUAGUUUUUGAGACAUCAUGUGUUGGUACACCUCAACAGAAUGGGAGAGUUGAGAGAAAGCAUCAACAUAUAAUGAAUGUGCCUCCAUAUAAUCAGUUGAAGGUGUUUGGAUGCUUGUGCUAUGUACAUGAUCAAAGUAGUAAAGAAGAUAAGUUCGCGAGUAGAGGAAGAAGAUGUGUAUUUCUUGGAUAUCCAUUUGGUAAGAAGGCGUGGAAAAUCUAUGAUUUAGACGCAAGAAAAUUUCUGGUGUCAAGAGAUGUGAAGUUUUGUGAAUAUCAGUUUCCGUAUAGGACUGAUUUGAAUGGUACUUUGACUGAGACAGGCCAGUUGGGUUCUGAUCCAUCGACUGAGAAGAAUCAGUCGAAUUCUGGAGGUUCUAUCGAGACUGGUAUAGGAGAUUCAACUGAGAUUGACUCCACUGCAGAUAAUGAGACCGAUAUACCUGGUGUUUUGACUGGGACUGAUCAAUCAAGUCCUGGUGUGUGUUGGAGCGAUGAUGAAAACAACAUAGUUGCGAAUGAAGGUGAAGUUGCAGAACAAGGCGAAACUCCAGAACAACCUGAAGAGGAUGUUGGUCCUAGCAACGAUGUAACAGCUGAAGAAGAGAUGGGUAAGGGCAAGCGUCAGAAUGUUCCUUCUAGUAGGCUCAAAGGCUUUGUGAAGCACACCAUUCGAGAAAAUAUUCCAUCUCAUCCUCAUUCCACACAAUCAUCAUCCUCAAGUACGCCUUAUCCUUUGACAUAUUAUGUUAGUUGUGAUAGAUUUUCUGCAGUUCAUAAGAAAUAUCUACCAGCACUAACAGCUGGGUCUGAGCCUCGCAAGUUUAAGGAAGCUAUGAAGCAUCCAGGAUGGCGGAAAUCCAUGGAAGAAGAAAUACGAGCACUGGAAGAACAAGGUACGUGGGAAUUGCAAGAAUUUCCACCGGGGAAGAAGGCACUUGGGAGUAAAUGGAUUUACACAGAGAAGUAUGAUGCGAAUGGGGAGUUGGUACGCCUAAAAUCAAGAUUGGUGAUCUUUGGAAAUCAUCAAGUUGAAGGGUUGGAUUACAAAGAGACAUUUGCACCAGUAGCAAAAAUGACAACGGCUCCUCGUUGUUGGUUUGCAAAACUAUCAACAGCCUUGAAGAAUUAUGGGUUCCGGCAGUCAUACUCAGACUAUUCUCUUUUCACUAUGAUCAAGGGAAAGAUGCAGCUUAAUGUUUUGGUGUAUGUAGAUGAUUUAAUUGUUGCAGGAAAUAAUCUAGUUGAGAUUAAUAAAUUUAAAACAUACUUGGGACAAUGUUUCAAGAUGAAAGACUUGGGAAAGUUGAAAUAUUUCCUGGGUUUGGAGAUAGCUCGCAGUAAACAAGGAUAA